UUCUAUAAAACUAACAAACUUUGCACAAAUCUCUGUGAUUCUUCUUUAAACAUCUAACAAGCUUAAAGUAUAUAAACAAUACUACUCAACAGUUCCCAUAACUACAACAAUAACAACAAAAAGGAACCCGAGUAACAAAAAAAAAAUCCAAUAAAUAUCAAAUAUCCCAGAAUUUCACGCAUAAAAACUCCACUAGCGAUCGUUUGAAAUCUUACAAAAACGUUACUUUAAAACAACAUUUUUUUUUUUUAAAUUGAACUAAAAAAGGGAACGCAGCAAAACGAUCCCAUAAAUUAACAGUCACAACAACAACAGCAAAAAAAUACAAAAAAAAAACCGAACCGAACAAAAAUUUUACCGGUUGUGUUAAAAGAAAUUCUUUGAAUUUAACCAAAAUCCUGUUCUCUUUCGUUUUCCUUUUGUAUCUAAUAAAACUACGUGUGUUGAGGAUCAGCGCAACUAAAAGAUUCUCAAUACAACAGCAACACAUAGCCAAACAUCUCGUAUAUACUGUGGUUAAGAUCAAUUGAACUUUCUAUGCGAAUUUUAUAAAAAAAAAAAAUCUUAAGCACAACACAGCCAUCGUUGUCGUCAUCAACAACAUCAUCAGCGUUCACAGCAUUUUAGCCUGUUUGAACGAUUGAAUAUUUUUGUAUCGAUCAGUUUGCAAUUUGCUGUGAUCGUGUCAUGUUUAUACUUUAGUAACGAACGCUCUCAAAAACCCUUUAAAACUAUUCAAACAAAAAAAAAAAAAAAAGCAACCAAAACGUGUGUCUCUUAAAUUAAGUUCAAAUAAUUUACAAAACUAAAAGUAUUAAUUUCAAAUAAAUUUUUAUAAAAAAAAAUUUAUAAAUUUAAAAAAAAAUAUUAGUAAUUUUAUAAAAAAAAAACCAAAUUUGUUAAAUCAUCUUGGGAUUACUUUAAAUUUUGGGAUUAAUCAUCUAUAUAUAUUUGGAUUAAUUUUUGCUGUACAGAAGAACCCUUUAAGGAUUAUCAAUAACAUCAUGAAGCUGCUCGCCUUAUUCUUAGCAAUGGCUAUUUUUAUCCUACCCCUGAUUUCCGCCUUCCCCAAAGGACGUGACUGUGAGGUGCACAAUUGUGAGUUGCAGGACUAUAAGCCAAUUUGUGGAACAGAUGACAAAGGCGACACUAAAACAUUUACCAAUUAUUGUAUACUAAAAACUGAAAAUUGUCUACGCAAUCAAAAUUAUCAAAAAACCGCAGAUGGAGAAUGUCCCUAGAUGCUCUGUUAUUCUUUAUUUUAUAAUAAAAAAAACACAAAACAAUUAUUUUAAUUCUUUCUUUAUAAUUUUUAAAUUUAAUUCCUAUUUAUACAUCUUUAAUUUACUUUUACAUACUAAAUAGUUCAUAAAAUUAUCGGAUUUAUUACAUUUAAUAUACUUUUCUUUAAUAAGUUCUCUUCAUUAUUAUUUCUUUUUUUUUACAUUGUACUAAAUAUUUCUUGAUUUUAUUGAAAGAAAUGCAAAAAAAAAAAAAAAACAAUUAGAAAAUUUAUUAAAAAAAAACAGUUACAAAGAAAAAAUUAUUCUAAAUGUUGGCUUAUUUAGUUUGAGUGGUACUUGUAUGUGUGAUAUUUUUAAGAUUCAUUAAAAUUUCAUUAUUAAUUUGUUUUCAAAAAUCAUUAAAAUAAUUAAAAGAUAAAAAACAACAUAAUUGUAAACAAAAGUACGAAUACU